GCGGCAGCUAGAGUAGAAGAAAGACUCAGAGGCUAUUCCUGGGCAGCUGAGUCCAGGAGACUGCAUGCUGAAGUAUAACAGAGAGGAAACCAUAAAUCUCUGCUACUAUUGCAAUAAACUGCUCCUGCUUUAGCUAAGGAAGUAUUGAGAUUUAGAAAUAAUCUUUCUUUUUUUAAAGAAAAGCUCACUAUUAUUUUCUGAACCUUCUUCCCUUUUCCUUAUCUUUUUAUCCCCUAAAGAAAUCCUUAAAGGCAAAGCAAACAUUAAAAAGAGGGGAAGGGGGGUGAAGGAAGGCAAAGGAGAGGAGAGGAGGUUUGGAUCAAGGUGUCAAGAGCAGGACAGAAACGGGUUAGUAAUAUGACCAUUUUCUUUUGGUUUGUGUUCCUUGCUUCUCUUCUGAAGCACAUCAACUGCACUAGUCCACGCCGGGCUCCAGAGCCCAAUGGUCGAAGGUAUAAUCGGAUUCAGCAUGGCCAGUGCACCUACACAUUCAUACUUCCUGAACAGGAUGGAAACUGUCGUGAAAGCUCUUCUGACCAAUACAACACCAACGCUCUGCAAAGGGAUGCCCCUCACAUUGAGACAGAUUUCUCCUCCCAGAAACUGCAGCGGCUGGAGCAUGUCAUGGAAAAUUACACCCAGUGGCUACAAAAGCUUGAGAACUACAUUGUGGAAAACAUGAAGUCAGAAAUGGCCCAGCUGCAGCAGAACGCUGUCCAAAAUCACACGGCCACCAUGCUGGAAAUAGGAACCAGCCUUCUCAGCCAGACAGCAGAACAGACAAGGAAGCUCACAGAUGUUGAAACACAAGUUCUUAAUCAAACAUCCCGGCUUGAAAUCCAACUGUUGGAAAAUUCCUUAUCUACUUACAAGCUGGAGAAACAAUUGCUCCAACAGACCCAUGAAAUCUUGAAAAUUCAUGAGAAAAACAGUCUAUUGGAACACAAGAUUCUUGAAAUGGAAGAAAGGCAUAAAGAGGAACUAGAUACGUUAAAAGAAGAAAAGGGGAACCUGCAAGUUUUGGUGUCUCGUCAAAGCUACAUUAUCCAAGAACUUGAGAGGCAACUAAGUAAAGCAACAACCAAUAACAGCAUUAUGCAGAAGCAACAACUUGAACUCAUGGACACAGUCCAUAGCCUGGUCAGCAUUUGUUCCAAAGAUGGAGUUUUGCUAAAGAAUGCAAAAAAGGAAGAGGAGAAGCCAUUCAGAGACUGCGCAGAUGCUUAUCAAGCUGGUUUUAAUAAAAGCGGUGUCUACACAAUUUAUGUUACUAACAUAUCAGAACCUAAAAAGGUUUUUUGCAACAUGGAGACUGCAGGAGGAGGCUGGACAGUAAUACAACACCGAGAAGAUGGGAGCCUAGAUUUCCAAAAAAGUUGGAAAGAAUACAAAAUGGGUUUUGGUAGUCCGUCUGGUGAAUAUUGGCUGGGAAAUGAAUUUAUCUUUGCAAUAACCACCAGUCAAAAACAUUACUCUCUAAGAAUUGAACUAAUGGAUUGGGAAGGAAGUAGAGCUUAUUCACAAUAUGAUAGAUUUUACAUAGGAAAUGAAAAACAGAAUUACAGGCUGUAUCUCAAGGGUCAUUCUGGAACAGCAGGGAAACAAAGCAGUCUGAUAUUACAUGGUGCUGACUUUAGUACCAAAGAUGCUGACAAUGACAAUUGUAUGUGCAAAUGUGCUCUUAUGCUAACGGGAGGUUGGUGGUUUGAUGCCUGUGGCCCUUCCAAUCUCAAUGGAAUGUUUUAUUCAGCUGGACAACACCAUGGAAAAAUAAAUGGGAUCAAAUGGCAUUACUUCAAAGGUCCAAGUUAUUCAUUACGUUCCACAACUAUGAUGAUCCGUCCCUUGGACUUUUAAAGAGGCAAUAAGAUAGUAGCCAUCUGAAGGACACCUUAUGUAAUCUUUAGAAGCAGAAGGUUGAAACUCCAUAAAAAUUCCAACAUCCUAGCUGUCUUUGGAUCUUAUUUCAUUGGCUGCAGUAAACGAACACAAGUUGCUGCCCAACCCAGGAACAGGUGAAAGUGUGGAUUAUGAACAAUAUAAAAUAGCUUUUGUGGCUAUUCAGUGGACAACUUUAAGGUUUGGUUGCCACAAAUAAACUGGUAUCUUUUAACCAAAGCCUUUGUUAUUGUUGUUGUUGUUGUUUUGCUUUCAUCAAGAGGAAUUUUUUUUAAAAAAAUACAGGACAUGCAAACCAAGUGGCCUUUUGAAAAAAACAGAAAUAAAGUCUAAUGGAUGGCAGAAGAUGUUUGUCAGGAAAAUGGUAUCAAUUCAGUGCAAUGGUAUCAAUUCAACUGCUAUUUAUUUGUAGCCCCUUAAAAUGCAACUAUGGCCUUACAACCUGGCAUCAGAAAAUGUGAUUGAGAUGGAAAACUUUUCUUUAAUACAAGAACAAUAUGGUAUAUAUGAACCAUUUCUCAUUAAACCUAUUUUAAACAUGGAAUAUCCUUCAAAGAGACAGUGAAUCAAGUUGGACAGAAAAAUAUGGUGAGAAUGGUCAAUUGACCUGUAUGGCUAGGCUAAAAUUUGGCAAUCCAGAUAAUUGGAUUCUUUAAAAUAUUUCAACUAUGUUUGAUAGCAUGAUAACAAAAGGAAUUAUGGACUUUUCUUUCUGACUGCUACAGCUUUACUUUGCUUUAUAUGACAUUCCAGUAUGAAUGUCAUAUGAAAAACAAAAAGAAAAAGUACAGCUCUUUUGAAAAAAUUCAAAAUCAAGGUUAUUUGUACAUAGAUUUAUGACAUGGAUACACAAAUACAGAAAAUAUGCAAAUUUCAUAACCAUGUAUUAACUGGAUUCAGUCUUGCUGGUUUGCAUGUAAAUGCUACUACUAAAUUGCUAGUCUUUCACAUCUGUUAUUCAACCUUCACUUGACAGAAUUCAACAUAAAACUAUGAGUUAUUUCCUAUCCUUUAUUUACUCCUUUGGACAGUGGGUUGGAAAUUAAGGAAUACAAGAGAAGAAAAAGAUUACAGAUAUGGAUUGCAAAUGCCCUGAAUGGAAAGCAGUUAUAAUUGAGUGGAUUAAUUUAAAUGGGAAAACAAGACCCUAUUUAAAAUGAGUAGGACUAAAGUGUAAUUCCUUAGAUCAUUAUCUAGAGGUACACAUAAUCCUGCCUUCAGAGACUUCUAAGAUUGUGGGUAUUGUGUUUUCUACUUUUUUCCAAUACAUCCAUAUCCAAAAUUCAAUGUUCAUUCUAAUGAGUGUUGAAACCUAGUUCAGAUAUUUGGCCAAGGUGACAAAGUCAUUCAUUGAUAUUUCAUCUUCCAAUGUACAUCUAACAUUAGACACAACACCAUAUUGGAGGAACAUUGGCAGUUGAAUCAAACCUUUGACUCAUCUCAUUCCUGUUUUUAUGGUUUCAGAAAAGCAUAGACUUUAGCAGUAACACGUGGUCCAUCAUUUCUAUGUAUGCUGAUCAUUUACAUAUAAACAUAUUACUUAUUUUAUCUGCAUCCCAUUUUUCCCUUGGGAAGAAUAUAUUAAUUUGUUGAUCCACAAUAUAUACACAUGUGCCUUUAAAUAUUUCCUCAAGAUAAAAUGGCUUAUGAUAAGCAAAAUACAGGAUGAUAAUUUAGAACUUUUAUGCAUUUUGUCUUUUCACUGAAUUUAAAUGGGAAAUUUUUCACCCUGAAUUCUUAAAGGAAUACAGGAAAAUAGUGGACAUUCAUAUAUACACCUCUUGGCCACUGUGUAAUAAAUAAGAACAGAAAUGUCAAAGUCCACCCAUGAGGAAUUUAAAAAAAAAAUCUGUGAAAAAGUAUUCUGAACCACCAAAGCAAAGGAGAGCUGGUUUAAAAAAAAAAACACUCAGGAGGUUUUUGGUUUUUUUUUGCCACCCACCAUUAAUUCAUGCAGAUUCAUGUGAAGUGGAGGGACACUAUGGUUCAGUGGUAGAUUAUAUUGCCAUAUAGAAGUUCUAAAUCCUGUAGUGGUGCAGUGGUUCAAAUGCAGUAUUGCAGGCUAAUUCUGCCCACUCCCAGCAGUACAAUACUGGCUCAAGGUUAAUUUAAACUUCCAUCCUUCCAAAGUCAGUAAAAUGAAGAACCAGAUUGUUGGGGGCAAUAUGCUGACUUUGUAAUCCACUUAGAGAGGUCUGUAAAGCACUAUGAAGUUUAAGCACUACAUAAAUCUAAGUACAAUUGAUAUAUCAGAUAAAAGAAUUUAAAAGAUACAAGUGCCUACCAAGUGCCUAUUAUCACAGUUGAGAAUCCUGGACUAGAUAUAGAAACUGCAUUAUCUGGUAAUUCAUCGUUUUAUGCUCCUGUCCUUCUGAGAUAUAAAUGAAUUUUUCAUUUUCUCAAGCCAGUAAUUAUUCUCUUUCUAUUAUGUACAUGACUGGUGGCUCUGAAAUUAAAACAUCAUUGGGUUUAACCAAUGCCUGAGCUUUUUUUUAAUUAUUUUUAAUUAAUAAUUUCUGUUGUAUCUAAUACAAUGGUCUCAGCUUCCUCUUAAUCCAGGGAAAUAAUCUUUCUUCCAUGUAUGGGAAGAAAACAAGCACUCAUUUUUAAAACAAAAUAUGAAAAAACCCAAGGAUUUACCACAGUAUUCUUUGUAAUUGGGACAGUUUUCAAGUUAAGUUGUGUAUUUAUGUAUUUUUUGUAUUUACAUAUUCCUGCCUAAAGGGUUAAUUUGUUGUUUUCUUCUGGUUAACUUACCUAACUGUUCUUUAUUCAGUGGUCCCUGCCAACUGUUGCUUUUUCUCUUAUUUCAACAAUCUUCACUUAUGUCCAAAGAUUGUGGUGCUUCUUGUGGGUGGCAUUUUUUUUAAAGUCACCAAAUCCAGACUGCUACUAUGUGGACUCAAU